AUGGCAGACGAGAUCGAGAGGCUCGUGUUGUCGCCGUUUCGGGAGAUUGUCGAAAAGGCAAAUCUCGCUGUCGAAAAUGCCGAUGCCGCAGACGACGAGCCGUCGGCGGCCCCAAUGCGCAAGGCGGCGCAGGCGCUGGCAAAGGAGGGAGAGAGAGCAUUGAAGAAGAUUGAGCCGCUGUGCAACAAGAACCAUGAAGAAUAUGCGAGCAGUUUCGUGGACGCAAUGAAGGAACAUGAGGAAAUUGCACAGUUCCGAUCUGAAUUAGAGGAUCUAUUAUGGGACUUUGACGAUUUUGUCGAAGUCGAUCAAUUUGAUGCUGACAAGUUUGAUGAACUUCAAAAAGCUUCAAGGCGGGCCGCGCCCAAGAUCGUGGACAUAUUAAAAAGAAUCAAGCUUGUUGCGCCCUCCGCAAUGCUUUCACCUUUGCUCGCCGAAGCCAUGUCAUCAUCGUCAGGCCGUGCCAGCAUCAUUGUGGACUCGCCCAUAGGUGUCAGCAGAGAGAUGCAAGAAGUUGAGCAGCGACUGAACGACAUGUCGGUCAUGGGCAGCCAAGCUGGACCCGAUUUGGGUGUGGAUGGGACUCUUGGCAGCCGAGGCAACUCGCGGACGGCUUCGCGACCUCUUAGUGACCUGGACAGAAACAGCUCACAUCAUUCGAAUCGAUCUUCAGAGCCCUUGGGAUCACCGCCCCGACCGCCGUCAACAGAUCCGUGGAGAGUGGACCAGCUACCACCUCCUGUUCCAGACGCCUCCUCGCCCGACGAUGGUGCAUCCAUUGAACGCCGGGCUCCGGUAUUUGGCGGUGAUUCGCCCACUCUGCCACCAGCGGUCCCAACUGCCGCUUCAAGAGGAACUUCGGACAGCGGCCGGAGAGAUACUCGGUAUUUGAGCGCAGAUACAUGGCCGCCACAGGCAGCAACCGUUCGUAUCGACCCAGAUCCGUCGUACUGGCGGGAUCAGGCACCGAAUGGCCGUAUGAGGGGUGACUCCGUAUCCAACAAGAGCACAUAUGAGAGCCACAGACAAACGUAUUCAAGUUUUGGCAGUGCCGAGCUCCCAAGAUACUCGAGUCAAUCCUAUGAUUCGAUACCCGACGUAACCAGGUCUCCUCUUGGCUCUCCUCACUUUGGUAAUCCCUCCCCAGCAAUUCCCGAGGAUAGUGCUGUCGACAAUUAUACUCACCGGCCUGGCCAUAACUCAGGAAAUCCCAUGAACUUCCCCCCUCGACAGGCUUCCUUGGCAGGCAAUAACUCGCAUCCGGUCCGCGCACCCUCCAUGGAUUCCCUCAACAGCUCAAUAUUCGACGUCGUGGCCGAAUACGGAUCCACCAGCCCCGUUGCCAGCACUCAACGUACUUCAUCUAACAUGUCCACGACGCCCGGAAGCCCAUACUCUGCCGGAGGACACCGACCGCUAUAUUCGACUCCGCCACCAGGUUAUAAAAGCCCUUUGCACUCGCCAGUGGGAACGAUCAGCAAUAACUCUUCAGCCACCAUAACUACACUUCAUGCUCGACCUCACACGAGCGGCGGUAUUAACAGGCCCCUACCCCCGACGCCAGAUCCUGGUCUAAUUCCGGUAGAAUCAGAAAUUCCCGAGAACCCUCAAAUGCCCCCUCGACAAUCCGAUUGCAGCAUAGGACCUCACUCCUCCUUCUAUCAAAUGAAGGGAUUUUGCAAAGGAGCGGAAAAUGUCAUGAGAGGCGACCUCGGCUUCAAGAAAAUCAAGCGACCUGUCGGUGGCUUUUCGCACACUACCGUGGCAAAGUGUACCGACUGUCUAUAUGAACUCGAUUUUGCCACGGUCGAGCAAGAUCUCAACAAUGACUCCAAGGGAAAUUACACAUCAGGCACAGUGGGUUUCCGGCUACGGGUCCUACAAAAGUGCCACUUGCCUAUUCGGCACAUUGACGAACAGCUCUACGGCUGUGUAUUCUGCAUCCACGACGGCAAGACCCUAGACGAGAGCGAUGCUACCGUUUUUUUCAAUCAAAAGCAGCUCUUUAUGCACAUGGCCCGGCAUCCGCGACCACUACCCAAGAUCCCGGGACUCACGGUGAUUGAGGGGAGCGAAACGCCCGAGACCUUUCGGGACAACUUUGAUCUGCACUUUGCCCACCCGCCCAUGCAGUCCGUCAUGGCGGGCAUCGCGCCCGAGAUCAGCAAGCUGCCGACCGCCGUGGCCACGGAGACGCGGAGGAACGCGCACGGCAUCAUGCGAUCCCCGCCCGACCGGGGCGCCGUUCUCCAGUUUGCCGUGGGCGCCAAGUUGGUCGGCAUCGAGUUCCCUGCCAAGUACGAGGGCAAAUGGGGCAUUGGGUGGCACGACGGAGUGCGCGCGGCUUUCGAGGCCGAGUCUGUUUUUCUGGACGCGCCGCCCAAGAGCGAGACGAGGAUGCAAGGGACCAGUUCCAUGCAGGCCGUUGCCAGAUGGAAGUGGUCCCAAAAGGGCGAGGGCAUGUGGUUGAAGUUUGACAAGGGGGACGUGAUCAAGAAUAUUAGCUGGACGUAUUCCGAUCACUGGUGCUGGUCAGGCACCUCGGGCAAGGGCUGGGGCAUCUUUCCACAGUCACACCUCGAACCGCACUCGCUCAAGAUCGUGAGACCGGGCGAGGAGGCAAGCGUCAGCAGCAACGAGAAGAAGUCGGGUCUGAGUCUCUUUUCCAUCAAGAGGAACACGGAGAAGAAGACGGACAAAAAGACUGGCGGACACGGCAAAAAGACCAACAGCCACAAGGAGGAAAAGGAACCCGGCCGUAAGUUGGCCGCCUCGGCCGUGUCCAUCACCGCGGAGGCCUGGUAG